AUGGCGCAAAUGGCAGAAGCCAGGCAGUUGCCGACUCCCGUGUCACCCGCACAAAGGACGUCGAGUAUACGGCAAGUGGUGGAGGAUGGCUCACCGCCGAGCGCUGGAAGGAUGGGGCGGAAGCCAGUACCAGUACCAACUUUACAGCAUCCCGAGGUACGGCUACAGGAGGCACCAGCGAGCCCCGUCAGCAUCAGUCCACCACGGAGAGGAAUACAAGAGCCCGAGACUGCGUCUAUACGCGGGUAUGUUGGGUAUAACGAGGGCAGUCCGUCUGCUCGGCAUGUUGGAACACCAGAUUCGAGUCAUGUGAGGGAUAAUGGUUCCAUUUCGCUGCCUGUGAGGAGUCGAGAGUCGAGUGGACAUAUACAGUACCAUGACGUCCAGCCGCACAGUCGAGCAUCUUCAGCAAGUGGACCACCCAGGAUUGAAGAGUUCGGACCAGAGUUACCGCCUCCGGUUGAGGAAGAGACACCGCAGUCACCCGGCUUGCACUACCACGGCUUUGACGAUGCGCCGAGGAAGAAGCAGCCGCAGAACAGACAGUCGCAGAUGACUGUGCGGUCGGUGGGGUCAAGUUCGAGCGGUGGUAACAGGAAUUCCCAGCUACUGCAACCACAAGGACAUGGUCUGCAGCGGCCAGCAUCAGCAUACACCCUUGGCUCGGAGCUACGAGGCCGCACGUUGUCUCCUCUAAGCGCAAAUGGCUCAGAUCAAGGCUCACCCAGAAGCUACGCAAGGGACGUGUCCAAUUCAAGAAGGUCACCCAGCAGUAGACCAAUGAGCUAUAUCGACCUGCUUAGCAACGUUCCAUACAACCAGCAAAUCGCACCCGGACCACAGAUGAACAAUGCCUCCCUUCAGAACCUCAUCGGUAAUGCAGCAAGUCUAGUCGACACGAAGAAGACCCUAGAAAUGUACCGCGCCAAUGUUAAGAAAACCAACGACGCCUCCGUCCAAUACGAAUUCGCCAUUUUCAUGAUCAACGCCGCCAAAGAAUGCAUGCCAGGCAACGGGCUGGACCCAAGCCAACUAAUCCAAGAAGCGAAACAAAUCCUCCAGAAACUCGCCGACCGCGCCUACCCCUUCGCCCAAUACUACCUAGGCGACGGCUACUUCUCCGGCCUCUUCAACAAAGACAAACCGGACCACGACAAAGCCUUCCCCCUCUUCAUCGCCGCCUCCAAACACGGCCACGCCGAAGCCGGCUACCGCGCAGCCCUCUGCUACGAAUUCGGCUGGGGCACCACCAAAUCCUACCCCAAAGCCGUGCAAUUCUACCGCAACGCGGCCUCGAAAAAUCACCCGGGCGCCGCCACCCGACUAGGCCUCGCCUGCUUAAAAGGCGACAUGGGUCUUUCCAAGGACAAAUACAGAGAAGGUGUCAAAUGGCUCAAACGCGCCCAGGAAUCCGCCGACUUCCAAUACAACACCGCCCCCUACGAACUCGGCCUCCUGCACCUCCAGGGCUUCGGCUCCGACAUCUUCAAGGAUGAAACCUACGCCGCACAGCUCCUCACGCAGUCCGCCGAGUUAGGGCAUGUCCAGGCGAAUUACAUGAUGGGCCAGGCGUAUGAGAAUGCGUUGUAUAAUUGUCCCAAGGAUGCGGCGUUGAGCGUGCAUUUUUAUAAUGGGGCGGCGACACGGGGGCAUCCGGAUGCGAUGAUGGCGCUGUGUGCUUGGUAUAUGGUUGGUGCGGAGCCGGUGAUGGAGAAGGACGAGGCGGAGGCAUGGGCCUGGGCGAGGCAGGCGGCUGAUACUGGCUACGCCAAAGCCGAAUACGCCGUCGGCUACUUCACCGAAAUGGGCAUCGGCUGUCGACGCGAUCCGCUCGAGGCGAAUAUGUUGUAUGUCAGUGCGGCGGACAAAGGUUAUGAGCCGGCGAAGCAGCGGAUAGCGAUUAUUCGAGCGGCGGCGUCGGGGGACUCGGGCGUGCCUAUGAGCAAAGCCGAUGCUAAGGUCGAUGAGUUGGGUGGGAAGAAGAAGAAGAUUUUGGGGAUAUUCUAA